UUCCGAUAUUUUCAUUUGAAAAAUGAAAGCUGUUGUGGUGGAAACAUUUGGAGAGCCUUCCAAGGCCCUCAAAGUGAAAGAUAUUCCUAUCCCGUUUUCGAACAAGCCUCUAGAGUCUUCUCAAGUUCGUAUUCAAGUAAAAGCAGCUGCCAUCAAUCCUGUCGAUGCCAAGAUAAGCAGAGGACUGCUCGCACUUUUACUUCGCAAAGUACGACCACCUUACGUUCCAGGUUUUGACUUUGCUGGAAUUGUGGAAGAAGUUGGUUCUCAAGUACGGUUGUUUUCAAAAGGAGAUGCAGUUUUUGGCAGAGCUUGUUUAACUCAAGGUUCUUUUGCAGAGUAUUGCAUAGCAGAGGAAAAUGAUAUUCACAAAAUGCCAACCAAUAUAAGCUUUGAACAGGCUUGUGGUUUCCCAGUGGUUGGUCUUACUGCAUAUUGUGGACUGGUUAAAUACGGCAAAAUUCAUCGAGGAGAGCGCGUUUUGAUAGUAGGUGGAAGUGGUGGAGUGGGUUCACAAGCUGUUCCUAUGGCAAAGUUAUUGGGUGCUAGCUUUGUUGGAGCAGUUUGUAGUGAAGCGAAUAUGUCUUUUGUAAAGAGUAUUGGGGCAGAUAAAGUGUACGAUUAUGAGUCUAUUCAUAUCAUUGAUAUAGUAAGAGAUUGCAAACCAGAUAUUCUAUUGGAUACGAUUGGUAUUGAUGAGUAUUGGGACGUUGCUUGUCAAUGUAUGUCUACAAGGACGGGUCGUUUUGUUUGUACUAUACCUCCUGGUGGGUCUUCUUAUCAACAUGCUUUGGAUUGGAAGUCUGUUUUAAACGUUUCUCUUGCGGUUUCUAAGAGAAAGUUACAACACUGGAUAGGGAGAGCUCCUGCUUAUUCUAUUAUUAUUACACUGGAGCCAGCUCAUUUACGUGAAAUUAGUGAAUGGAUUGAACAGAACCAAUUGAAAAUUUCCAUUGAACAUGUCUACAAUCUUGAUCAAGUCGUACAGGCAAUGGAAAGGUUAGAAACCGGGAGAGUUGUAGGGAAACUUGUGUUGAAAGUGCAACAAGAAUAAAGGAGAGAGAGUCUAUCCAUUA